AUGGCCGCAGGAACGGAUACCCCCAUCCUGCCCUCCAAGGCUGCGGCUAACUCCGCGUCUGGCACCAGCGCGUCCGUCCGUCUAGAGAAGGGUAAACCCAGUAUUAGACGUUCUACGCCCGAUUCCGAAGCUCUUACUUCCUCUGACGAUGAAUUCGAGCAUCUUCGCCAGGUAACAACGGCUCAUACUGCACCCAUGCCGAAACCAACUCGUCGCACAUCUUGGCUCAAUGAAGUUCCCCAAAACCUGCCCCGCAAGGCUUCCUUGACGACAGCUGGGACUGUGGUGUCCCCCGGCUCCAUCCCUUCCUCAUCAGGAGCCGAGCAGCAGGGUUGGGGUAACGCCACUAGCCCUAGCCUUGCGAGCUCCAUGUCCUGGGGUCAUGGAAGCAGCUUUCCUUGGGCUACCGGCAUUUGGACCUCUGAGACAAGAAAGGAGCCACCAUCGAGGUUGACCGAACUGAGCCAAUCGCCGACAAUGCCCAGUAUGGCAGUUACUACGAGUUCCGCCGCUGAUGAGAUCUUGAGUCCUACUGCACGGUCUAUGGCCGGCGAAUCUUCCAUUCCAUUUACGAUUCCCCUUCACCCCACUCCCAAGACCUACCGAUCACAGUCUUACUCGGUUGGUCAACUUGAUCCGGAGACCAUGAACUUGAUGUCGACCAAGACGACCAAUCACUUCAAUGGACUGCGUCAACGCCCUGGAAACCAGGCCGGAGGACUCCAGCACCGAACUUCUCGGCCUAGUAUGCUAGAAGAUCUUGGUCAUGACCCUGCACUCUUGGGCCGUGUGCGGGAAGACGACGCCGAUGACGAAGACAAUGCGAAUGAUUUGAACGACGGCCAAUCGUACACUUCCAGCCAAGCACGGACGAUCGAACAACUAACACGGGAGAAUGCUCUUCUUCGUCAAGCUGCACGUUUCGAUGGAGCUCGCGUGAGAGACCGUGCCGUUUCGUCUGCUUCCGUCAACAGCAACUACUCUCUCCAGAACGGCCUGCACAGUUUGCAUCGUAUCCAAGGCAGCGUACCAGAAGAGUCCGAUCUAGCUGUAGAGGAUUUGGAUGAACUCGGGGACAUUCCUGGCUAUGGUGGUCUUCGCAACAGCGCUCGUCGACGACUUUCCGAGCAUUCUGUCAACCUUGAAAGACAGUUUGCUGCGUUCGGCUCGGUUGAGAAUAGACCUCUAGAAAAUCUCAAGCGAGCUCACUGGCAGACUUCCCUAGGCUUUGGUAGUUUUGGAGAGCUGCCGCAGAGCAGACGCCAUUCGUUUGCUGAUGUCCCAACUAGACAUGGUUCGGUUGGGUCAAUCGGGGAAACUCCGUCGCAGCUGGGGUCACGGACAGGUCUUCAUGAUCGUGAAGACAACUUUGCUAGUGCACUUGAAGGAGCUCUUGCUACACCAACAGCCGAAAACCCUUCAUACUAUUCGUCUCGCGAUUCUCUUCGGGGUGACCUGCCUCUACACCAAGCUUACAACGUGCCUUCAGCGUAUGGCCGUCCACAUUCAGGGCUAUCGCAGCCUCAUCAGAACCAGCGGCUGUAUAUCGUGACAUUCAAAUGCCAUCGUGCGGACGUUUUCUAUAUACAGGAAGACACCGGGCUCCAAGUCAAUCCAGGCAACUUGGUAAUUGUUGAGGCAGACCGUGGUACAGACCUCGGAACUAUUCAACAUGCCAAUGUCACCUGGCAAGAGGCGAGGGAAUUGAAAGAGAAGUUUGCAGAAGAGCAUUACAAAUGCUUGAUGAUGUUUUCUCGUCAAAACCAAAAUGGGGCAUCUUCUGUGGUCGGUUCAAGCUUGGGAGGUCGCAGUGCUGUCGGUGGAAUGAGUCCGACUGGCACCCAUGGAACACACGAGCCUCAGUCGACAGAGAUCAAACCCAAAUUGAUCAAGCGUCUCGCGCAAAAUCAUGAAAUAUUGACUCUUCGUGAUAAAGAAGGAAAUGAAGCGAAAGCCAAACGUGUCUGCCAACAAAAGGUUGUUGAACAUAGGCUCAACAUGGAGAUUCUUGAUGCAGAAUUCCAAAUGGACUGGAAAAAGCUGACCUUUUACUAUUUCGCCGACUCGUAUAUCAAUUUCAAUUCCUUGGUAACGGAUCUUUUCAAGAUUUACAAAACUCGGAUUUGGAUGUCUGCAAUCAACCCAGCUUCCUUUGUUACACCGUCUGCCGGUCUUCAGCCUCCAGGAGUUGGGGCUCUAGGAUAUAGUCAAGAGCCUCCGAUUGAUCGGCGACACCCCCAUGAAAGUCGAAACUACAAUCUCUCGCACCUAUCCCAAGCACCCCCAAAUAUCCGUGAUGCUCUGGAGCGAGGCGACUUUGCUGGUGGGAACGCGAUGCUACGCAAUACUUAUGUCGACCCAUAUCAAGGGCUAGGCUCAGGUGCUCGGCAACAUGACGCAGGUUUUGCGCAGAGCAAUCCAUCGCAUGAUCCCUUUGCGCCGAUCUCACCGAAUGGUUAUGGUUUUCUUGAUCCAACGGGUCCUGACUACCUCAGGGCAGCCUCCAACAACCAACGGAGCGAACAUCCUCAAGCAGACUGGAUUGGGGGUUUCCAGGGCUUGUCACUCAAUUCUUGAUACAAAGUUUGAAAACCUCUGCAAGAGUAUCGACUUCCUCUUUUCUUCCUUUGUACUACUUUCCCUUUUUUUUUUUUUCUCUCUCCUUUCACAUUUGAAGUUAUAAAAUUGUCUAGAUUCUCGGUUUAUAUUUUCAAGGGUAGAUUAAAGAGAUCUACAACCUGUCGCUCCAGAUACCUCAUAGACUACGGUGAAACUUCACUUUUACACUUUCUUCAAUCUUGUAUGAUUCGGCUGCGCUGCGACUGUGGAUGAUGUCGAUUCUUGUUGAUGUCAAUGUCUCAUGUUAUGUUUCAUUCUUAUAUCUCUCACGAGUGGCGUUUACUUCUAAUGUUGAUCUAUUUGUUAGUUGCUAGAGAAAGAGAUUGAUGGGUCACGAGUCACGCCUGGGCAGUGAGUUCGUCUUGGAAGUUACAGCCUUGAUAAGAGUUUCUUAUCUCGGAAAGGAAAAGUUGUUUAAACUCGUUGAUGAUGAAUGAAAUUUCAAUACGGUC